UAUCAAAAAGCAAAAUUAAGGGAUUAGUUCGACCAACAACUAAUAUUGUAUUUUAGCCGAUUCAUAUGACAAUGAAAAUAAAUACAAUUUAAAAAAAGUUAUGCCUCUUCCCUUAUCCCUUUUAACUUCAUAUACCAUAAUGCAUUUCGGCAAGUGACGACACUCCCCUUGGCACCGGUCAGUUUCCCUAUCUCCCAAAGACAGCUGAGGAUUUCCAGACUGGGGACCCCGGCCCAAUACGGUCUAUUAUUAGCGAAACGUCGGAGUCCACGUCGUUUUUGAAAUGGCGAAAACGUACGAUUAUUUGUUUAAGCUGCUGCUAAUCGGAGACAGCGGAGUCGGCAAGACAUGUCUGCUGUUCAGAUUCAGCGAGGACUCCUUCAAUACCACCUUCAUAUCCACAAUAGGAAUAGACUUCAAAAUCAGAACAAUAGAGCUGGAUGGAAAGAGAGUCAAACUUCAAAUAUGGGACACUGCAGGACAGGAGCGGUUUCGCACCAUCACCACAGCUUACUACAGAGGAGCAUUGGGCAUCAUGUUGGUCUAUGACAUCAGCAAUGAGAAGUCUUUUGAAAACAUAAAAAACUGGAUCAGAAAUAUUGAAGAGCAUGCCUCGUCUGACGUGGAGAAGAUGAUACUGGGUAACAAAUGCGACAUGUCCGACAGGAGACAGGUGUCCAAAGACAGAGGUGAAAAACUGGCUAUUGAUUAUGGAGUUAAGUUCUUGGAAACAAGUGCAAAGUCUAGCCUAAAUGUAGAAGAGGCUUUUUAUAACAUGGGAAGAGACAUAUUACACAAUCUGAGCUCAAAGACAACCGACAACAACGCCGGAGGAUCGGGCAAACCUGUCAAGAUCACAGAGAAGAAGUCAAAGAGAAUGAAAUUCUUCAAGUGUACGCUCCUCUAAGCGGAUCAUCCCACAGCUGUUCACAGCUCUAGAGGGACUUUGCUGUUUCCCGACCCGCCUCCCGGGCGUCCUCCCAGCAGCGGGCGCAGUGGUAAUAUUGAACAUUGCCGCCAGCUGAAGCCCGCGAUCGAGAUGCCAUCGUGAUCAAAAGACCUGUCCGUGAUUGUCAGAAUUAGUUUGUAACGGGCCCUGCGGACUCUGCUCACAGGAGCCAGAGAUUCUGUUGGCGUUUGUAAUACCUCUGUUGGACGUCCCGAGAAUAUAAUGUAUUUAAUAUGAUACAAUUCCACCUAGUUGUCUUAUAGAUAGGGGGGGGGGAAACAAAAAUGCAGAUUAUUUCAUAAAUUGUAGCAUCGUUUUAUACACUCUAGUAUCAUAUUUAUACUAUCAUAUUUACCGUGUUGGAUGGACGUAUCACGUCUCAGUAUUGAUUGUACUUGUCUCUGUGAAUUCAUGUGUUCUAAUACAGUCUCCUGUUGCACUGGCACCACUAAUUGUUAUUGCGUGCCUCUUAGGAGCUAUCGUUUUGUGAUUUAAAAAAAAAAAAGUAUAAAUGUAACCUACUGUACUGAAGGAAAGCUUCAUUUAACCAGGUUUGUGUGUCAAAAUGGCAAAAGGUCGUUUGUUUUUUAGGAGCUGUACAGAACUACAUAUUGUUAUGCCAUUGUCAGUAUUUGCAUGAAAGCUAUAAGUAUUAAGCACAUUUUAAAGUAUCUGAGAAGAAUAUGUUUACAGAGUAUUCAAAAGUGUCAAUCAUAUCUGAAUUAAUGUUUGUGAUGUUCAAAUAGCCUCUUGCUUUUGGCCUAAUUAACUGAUGUGUGUUUACUUUAUUUUUGCCAUAAAAUGUAAACAUUAAACAUGAAAACACAAUAUU